UUUUCAUGUUGCCAAAUUUUACUUUAGAGAAUCCUGAUGUUUUUAGUGGUGUGUUUCCUUGGACGCAGGUGGAAGAAUCAAAACCAGAUAAUAAUGGCAAUCGGCAGUCAUGUAAACUUUUACAAGAGAAGUUAAGCCAUUAUUUAGACACUGUUGAGGUUCAAAUUGGUGAACAGAUAUCUCUACGUUCAGAAGCAUUCUUUCACGCGAUGACGUCUCACGAUGAAUUGCAGGAUUACAUGCAAGUCACAUGUCAGGCAAUAAAGCUACUCAGGUAAAGUAUAUUUUAUGCUUGUGUUAUUUAA